ACUAGUGUUCAGUUGGACAGAGAAGGGGGACUUUAUAAAAGGUCUGAGCUGUAAAAAAAAAAAAAAAAGGGGCUGAAGAACAGAGAGGAACCCUUUCUCUUUAGCCCAUCAUGGGUUACAGCAAGCUGUGUCUGUUACUGCUGCUGAGCAGCUACACGUUGGCUCAGGAAAGCAAUGAUGAUAACGAACAAACCUCCACAUGUCUGUUGGCAUCCACAUUAAAGGCCAACAAGAAAUAUGUGUACAAGUACACCACAGAGAGCCAAAAUGGUGUUGUUGGCACUGAUGACCUGAGAAAUGGCCCGAGAGUCAUUUGUCAGGUAGAGAUCGAAGUCCCCCAGAUGUGCAAGUUCGUCAUGCACACCAGGGACUGUGCUCUCAGCGAGGUGUCUGUCAUGGAUGGAAAAGGCGAUCCGGUCUACACACAGGCCCUAGGCUCUCAGGCCUUCCAGGCUGCCAUGGAAAAGAACCCUUUGAAGUUCACUGUAGAGGAACUCACCAAUUUCCAACUUUACCCUGAAACAGAUGAGCCUGUGAACAUCCUCAACAUUAAGAGAGGAAUCAUUUCUGCUCUCAUGUUGCCUUUCAUGGACGAUAAACAGACCAAUGUCAUGAGCACAGUGCAUGGCCAGUGUCCAACAUCCUACAGAUUAAGAGAAUUGCCCACAGAUAUGACUGUGUCACUUUCCAGAGAUCUGUCUGAGUGUGACCAGUUCUACAGCAGGGAACUCACCAACAGCCCCCUGGCCCUGCUGCAAAAACUGCAUAGCCCCAUGUCUAAGCUGAUUACAAGCACCCAAAACUGCUAUUACGAGUUUGAUGAUGAAGGAAAGUUCAUCAUCAAUGGCCAGUGCAGAGAAAAACACAUUUAUGUGCCAUUCUCCCAUAAGGACAAUGGGAUAUCAUCAGUAGUAACCCAGUAUCUCAUGUUUCAAAGUGUCAAAAGGAUUCGCAACAAAGUAUUUGAUGUGAACAUCAGGCAAAUCAAACCACUCCACUUUGAAGACCCUGAUGACAAAGCUCCAGUCCAGACAAAGGAUGCUGUUCUGAGUACAUUGCGGGACCUUGCAGCCUUGGCAACCACAGACCAGGGUCACAAGAGGACCAGCCUUUUCCAUAAGUUAGUGUCCAGCAUGCGAGUGCUGAGGAACGAGACCCUGAGCCAGACGGUCACUGAAAUGUUAGAAGUAUCAGGCUUGCUCACCUGGCAGGCCUUGUUCCAAUGUGGAACCCCUGAGUGCACCAGCGCCAUCCUUCAAAUAAUUCGAACUAUUGAUGGAGUAUCACUAGAGGUGGAUGCUCUUGUUUAUGGGCUGAGCCUACAGUCUAACCCUGAUGCUGCACGUGUCCGAGAUAUGCUCAGCAUGGCUCAGUAUAAACAGAGCAAGGCAAUCAUGUAUGCUUUGGCCAACACCGUCAAGAAGUUCCACAAAGGAGAAAUUACUCCAGUGGUCACAGAUGUGGCAAAGUUCAUGGAGACCCUCUUAAAUGACUGCUCAGGAGAAAUCUUAGAUUUUGACUCUGACUUUCCCACUGACCCUGACGAGUUGUCCUUCCUCGUACUGAGGGUUGUCGGCGUCAUGGGUCAAGCCAUGCAAGUUGCCAGGCCCAGCCUGAUUUCUUCUAUUUUGCGGUGUGCCAAGAAAGCAAACAUUCCACUUUCAAAUCAAAAGGCAGCUAUACAGGCAUUUCGGAUGAUGGAUAUUAAUAAUGAGGUCAAAACUGUUCUUAUGGAGGUGUACCAGGACACCCAGAGCCCUGUUGAAAAGCGUUUAGCAGCUUAUUUGAUUCUGAUGAAGAAUCCAGACCGAACCCUGAUUGGAGACAUUGUUAACAUUUUGGAGAAUGAGGGGGACAAGCAACUAAAGAGCUUUGUGGUCUCGUACCUGAACAACAUCCGCAACUCAGACGAGCCGCAAAUGCAGCAACUGAAUGAAUUCAUUGAGCUGGCCCUGAACGACCAGCUGUCAUCCACAAACAAGCUCUUUGACGCCAUGUCACGCAACUACAAACUAGACUCAUCCUUGGGUUCCGUGCAGAGUAACAUAAUCUUCAAUGGAAAAGACACUUUACCAAAGGAGAUGAUGCUGGAGACCACUCUAAGAGUUUUUGACUAUAAGUACGACAUAUUUGAGGUUGGUGUUGAAGGAACAGGAUUUGAACCAACAAUUGAUGCUCUCUUUGGGGAGAAAGGUUUCCUCCCUGAAUCCAUUUCUAGACUUAUAUACUUGGCAGGAGACACAGGCAAGAUGCUCAGACAGGUUUUGAACAGAAUUUCACCUCACCAAGACAGAAUGAAAAGACAGGUCCCACAAGAUCAUCUGAAAGGUGUCAUAGACAGUUUCCAGAAGCUCAUGAACGAGCUGCGUUUCUCUCCAACCCCUGAAGCCACCGCCUAUCUUCAUCUUCUGGGAAAUGAGAUCGGAUAUUUGAAGACCACUGAAAUGAGAAAAAUGGUUGAGACUCUGUUGAUGUAUCAACAUGUUUUCCUCAGGUUACUGCCUGCCAAGGCCUUUUUUGCAUUGACAUCCAGCACUGAAAAUGAAUUAUUUGCUCACUACAUCUUCAUGGAGAAUGCAUUCUCUCUACCCACUACCUCUGGCUUCCCUCUGAAAUUCUCACUGGCUGGUGUGUUUGCACCUGGUGCCAAAGGGGGUUUGACUUAUUCUGCAAUGACUGACUUGUCCUUCAUGCCUUCAGUUGGGCUGGAAUUCAUCACCCAAAUGGGUGUACAUUUUCCAGACUACAUAGAUGCAGGGAUUGAGAUGCACACCAAUAUGUACCAUGAGAGUUCCCUUAAGGCUAAGGUCACCAUGGACAGCAACCAGAUUAGACUGUCAAUUCCUGCUCCCAAGUCAAACACUCAAUUGCUCAGCAUUAGCAACAAGCUCCUGUCAGUUUCCUCCGGUCAGACAAAAAUAAUUCCACCCCUGAUGGAGGACCAGACUGACUCAACUGACUGCCAGCCAGUAUUUAGAGGCCUGAAAGUCUGCACAAUAGUGCAUUACCCCAAUGCUACUUCCACUGAUGAGGCCCCAUAUUAUCCAUUGACUGGAGAAACCAGGUUUGCGGUUGAAAUCCAGCCAACUGGGACAGUUUCAGAGUACACUGCCACCAUCUCUGGCGAAACACUCAGAGAGGGUAAAAAGGGUCGUCAUAAAGUUGAAACUCUGAAGCUAACCCUGAGAGCAGAAGGUGAUGAUUCAUCAGAGGCCACAGCAUCUCUGACAUACAACCGCAAUAGAAACACACUCUCCGCUGAGGUUGUCAUUCCUGACUAUGAUGUGGAAGCAGGCAUCAAGCUGGCUGUAACCGACACUGAUGUUGAUGGAACAAAGGCGCGAGGUGUCACCAUUGAUGUCACCAAUAAGAACAUCCCACAACUGACUCUUGUAGGACGUGCCAGACUUACCAAGAUGAGAGAAGCUAUGUUGCAACUCCAGAUGAUCAUUCCCUCUCUGAAAACUGAUGCAUCCUUCACUGGAACCAUGAAGAAGGAUGAUGACAUGCUUAUGGACUUGGAGAUGGUGAUCCACCUCCCUGGGACAUCAUACCAACAAAAAGCUGCCCUUAAAUACGAUGAUAACAAGUUUGAAGUGGAACUGAAGUCCGACGCAAAUUCAGAAAUACACAAAAUUAUACCAAAUGCAGAAGAUCAUUACAGGCAUCUCCAACAGCAAAUUGAUAAAAUCCUGGACCAGAAAGUGGCAAAGACUGAUAUGAAACUGCGUCACAUAGUCACUAAACUAAUUGAGGCAGGUAACAUUUGGGUGGACAAACUGAGACCACACAUCCCCUACCUUGCAAACCUGCGGAGCAAGAGGAGCAUCUCAGAUCUCACUUUGCCAGCUCUGCCUGAAAAAUGGUUUCUACAGUAUGACAGUUUCUUUAGAUACCAGUUCAACAAGGAUAAGAUGGCUAUUUCGUUUCCUCUUCCACUUGGAGGAAAAAAGUCUGAAGAACUGAACAUCCCAAAAUCCAUGUCUAUGCCUGUCAUAGAUUUCCCAGAGAUAGGCUUAUAUAUCCCGGCUAAAAAAUAUCCACUACCAUCAUUCGUGAUACCACCUUCAUUGGAUUUCACAGUCCCCCUUCUUGGUCUGGCUGAAAUAUCGACAAAACUCAACAGCAACUUCUACAGUUGGGAAGGCUCCAUUUCUGGGGGCAACAACACUAUUGAUGUUCCCAGCUAUGUGGCACAAUACAAAGCAAUUGCUCAAUCACCUUUCAAAUUGCUGUCAUACAAGCUUCAAGGGACUGGAAUGAUGGCAGGAAGAGCUGAUGAUAAUCUCAAGUAUCUUCUCAAUACUUCUCUCAGUCACAGCCUCAUUGACACCAGCUUCAGUGUCUUGGAAACAUUGAGGGUGACAGACAAAUUCAAUGCAAGAGCCAGUUACAAGAUGGAAGCCUCUAGUCCGGUGGGGCUGCAAGCCUCUCUCUACUACUCUGCUCAGUCAAGCUCAACUCUAGAUUCUGAUGAGGUUACAGGAGAUGGGACCGUGGAUGGCUUAUUUAAAAUAGGACCAUUCUACACUAAUACUUCCUACACUCACAGCUAUUAUCUGCGUCCACGGGAUCAGCAGGGAAGAGGAGAGUCCACCCUGCACUUUGACUCACCACUCAUCCAAGUUCACAACAUGAUUAACGGAGUUUACGAAAACUCUGAGUUGAACAUUAUAUCCAAAACCAGUGCCCAAAAGGACACCCUGAAGCAUGUAGCAGAGCUCAGGUAUAAAGAUGCCCAACUUACGCUAAAAUGCAGUGCUGUUGCUGCAACAGCAGGUAACUCACUAAAUAACAAGGUUGAGCUUGGUGUAUCUAGCCACAUGGCCAUUCUCAGAAUUGAGUCACAGGCAGAAGAUGACAAAAACAGGGCAUACUCACUAAUAACAGGAUCUCUUGAUUCAAAUGGGCUUGAGGUAAGCUCUGAGGGCUCCCUCACAUUUGAGUCCGGUCGUGGAUUGCAUAAGACUUCUUUAAAAGUUGGAACAAAUGGUCUGACCACAAGUGGGACUAACAGCAUUCAGUGCAGCCCCAUGACAAUGGAGAAUAUAUUCAAUGGUGCUAUAAACAACAAUGGAGCAUCUCUGUCCUCCAUGACCAAAGUGAUGGCUGAAGAGGGCAGAGGGCAACUAAAUAUUGAGGGAAAAGUUACGGCUGCUGAAGCUUCUUUUCACAGCGACCUCAAGAGCCAUGCAUAUGAUGCAGCCACAGCAAGCACCAUGAACAUUGUCCUGAACAGAAGAGCUCUGACCUUUACUAGCAACACAAAGGGUACGCUGAAACAGAUGAAAACAGAAAAUAGCAACACACUGACCCUCACUCUCUGGACGUUCAAUCUUCAUUCCAAGACGGACAACUUCAUCUGUGAAGACGUUUACUACAAGCAAGACACCAAGGUUGAUAUGAAACCAUUUCUUAUGUCACUUUAUUUGACAAAUGACCUCAGGUUUUAUGAUCUUACUGUUAACAAUGAGGGCCACAUGAGGCUUGAGCCAGUUAAGAUGGAUCUCAGUGGAAACAUGAUGGGAGUUUAUGGAGAAAAACACAACGUUAAACAUAGCUAUGAACUCACCUAUGACAAUAUGGCUGGCACCAUGAAAUGCAGCACAUCUGGAAAUGUAAUGGACGUCCAGCUAAGUCACAGCUGUGAACUGGAGUUUGCUGGGCUUUCUUCAGCAUCAAAAUGUGAAGCAAAGAUCCGUUCUGAACCUCUGCAAUUUGACAGCAGCGUCCGCACCAUGGCACUACCUUUCAGCCUCACAGUUGAUGCUAUGGUCAAUAGUGAUGGAGAAAUUAAUCUACAUGGGAAGCAUGCUGGACAGCUGUUCAGCAAAUUGCUUGUUAAAGCUCAGCCCCUAGCUCUUGCACACUCACAUGACAGUCGGAUUUCAAUCACACAUAUGCUUCCAAGCGGGGAGUCUUCCACAAAUUUAGAUAACAAAUGUGAAGGUCUCCUAACUCCGAGUGAACAAUCUCUUACUUGGAACCUAAAAUCUAAACUAAACAACCAUGCUUAUAACCAGGACAUCAGUACAUACAAUACUCCUGAGAAGAUUGGAAUUGAGUUUUCGGGAGUAAUGCUGACAGACAUUUUGAGAAGAUAUAAAAGAUCUCCAGAAAUGCAAGAAUUCAGCAUGGCCGGUUACAUGAAGUACGACAAGAGCAGUGACUGUCAUAUCAUUGAGAUUCCAUUCAUCGAGAGCUUUCCAGCUGUGUUUGAGCAACUCAAAAACACACUUGUACAAGCUUUAGAAUCGCUGCAACAGUUCAUACGCCGUUUAGAUAUUAAUCAGCUAAUCACUGACUUCAGAGCCAAAUUAGAUCGACUACCAGUGCAAGUAAGUGAACUCAUGCAAGAAAUAGACUUGGAGAACAAAGUCAAUCAAGUUAAAUCAAGACUUGAUUAUUUGAUCAAUGAAUUUGCUUUAACAGUGGAUGACCUGGAGUUUGCAAUGAACAAUCUGAGAUGGAAUUUGGAAAAUACCAUAAUGGACAUUGCCACCAGUGUUCAAGACCUCAUACUCACAGUCAAAGAGUAUGUCAAAGCAGGACAUCUUGCUGACAUCAUAACAAAUCUCAUUUUGGAUAUUGGAAAUCAAUUUCUGGCCUUUGAUGAGAAAUACAAAAUUAAGCAGUCAGUCAUUAAAGCCCUUGAUGUCUCAGAGGGUAUCAUCAGGCAGAUAGAUUUACAGAAGCUCCGGCAAAGCAGUGCUACAUUCCUGCAAGAGCUUGAUUCUAAAUAUGGGAUCUUACAGACAAUCGAGGAAAAAUUGUCUGAAAUGAAGCAGUUCAUCGAAACUCUUGAUAUCAAAGUGUUUCUGCAGGAUUUAAAGGAUUAUCUUCUCUCAGUUGAUUGGGCUAGGUAUGUUGAGCAACUUUCAUAUAAAAUCCCCCGUGCAGAGAUAACAAAGGUGAUGGAAUCUAUGAAUGAAGUCAUUGUCAAUUGGAUUGAUGAAUAUGAAAUCCCCAACAAACUCAAUGUAGUGUAUUCCUACCUCAAAGAUUUACUUUUAAAAUAUGAUCUUGAUCAUACAUUUAAAGAAUUAAUGGAUCAGUUAGUGAUUCUUGUCAGGAAUUUUAAAAUUGAAGAGACCGUGCAGUCAUUAGUAGAAGCUCUGAAAUCUAUCAAGUUUGAAUUUGUUCACAAUAAAAUAAUGCAAUUUCUGUACAGUGUGACAAGUCAACUUAGGGAAAUUGACUUUAAGAAAAGCAUUGACACCCUUAAUGAACAGAUUUCUUCAUUACUUAAUUCAAUGAAGGACUUUGACUACAGUGGCUUUGUUGAUGAGACUAACAGGAAGAUCGAUGAACUAAUAAACUAUAUCAAUGAGCAGAUUAAAAUAUAUGACAUAGUGAAAAAAAUUGAAGCUGUAAGGGAGUUUUUCAGAGAGAUCCAAAAUUCUAUUUUUACAUAUAUGGAUGAACUCAAAAACACAAAGAUAGCUCAUGCAUUGAAGAAACUGAAAAAAGUGAUUGACACCACUUUCUACAAUGACAUCAAACUCAAAGCACAGGAUAUCCUUGACGACAUGAGGAAAAGAAUCCUUGACAUGGAUAUUAAAGAUGAAUUACAUAUUUACCUUCAAAGAGCAAGUGAAUCCUACAGCAAUAUAGUUGCCUAUAUUUCUGUCCAGUUUAACCAACUAAUGGAGAAGAUCACAAAAGUGGCAAAGGACAAUGAAAUUGCUAACCAGAUGAAACAAGCUGUGAAUGGAGUUCUGGAAAGACUGAAUAGAGCUGAGAUUAGAAUCCCCACUUUUACAGUACCGCUAACUGACCUUGUCAUUCCAGCUUUUACAGUCAACCUGAAAAAACUGCAGGAGAUCAACAUCCCAGAUCAAAUUUCAAUCCCUUCAAUUACCAUCCUGAACUCAUUCACUAUCCCUGCCUUUACCAUAAACUUUCAAGAGAUCAAAGCUAAGAUAGUUGGAAUUAUAGAUGACAUCAAAGUAUUUGAAAUUCAAACACCUGAUCCAGAGGACAUCUUUGGUGACCUAAAAGUUCUCUACCUAUUUGAACUACCAGAUUUCACCUUCCCUGAAAUAACUCUUUCAGAAAUAACAUUUCCAGUCAUCCACAUCCCCAAAUUAAACCUGAGAGACUUUGGUGUCACAUUGCUUCCAAUUCCAGCGAUCAAAUUUCCCGGGGUCCCCAGUGACAUCUGUUUACCAGUUUUUGGCAAACUACAUGGAGAAUUUAAACUGAAUUCUCCACAGUACACGCUGGUAACGACAGGUAAAAUUGAAAACUCCACAACCACAAUGAAAAAUCCUCAGUUUACUGCCACCAUUACUUCUCAUGCCAAAUCAUCCAUUGAGCCUCUGGAAUACACUUUUGAAGCAACUGCUCAGCUGGAGGCUCCCAGAAUGAAGAAGUUACAAUUCACAGAAACUGUGAAAGCAACACACAUGGCCUUCUCCAUUAAUCAUGAAGGCUCACUGAUGCUCACUGGCUCUUCUGCUGAGGCUUCUGCCAAAACUACUGCCAAAGCCACAACACAAGCAUAUGCAGCAGACCUGAUCAAUAAUAUGGCACUUACAUUGAGAAACGGGAUCUCUGUAGCAAUAGACACAACGUAUGACCACAACUUGGACAUCCCAUCCAUUGAAACUUCAAAUCAGGCAUUAAUGAAACAGAAGUUAGCAGCCACAAUGGCAUCUGGGAUACUUAGUGUGACUGCUGAAAUGGAAUGUAAUGGAAAAUGGUCUAUUCAAGACUACUCUGAUGAAGGUAUACACAAAAGCAAUGCAGAAUUCAAUCUCAAUUUUGGCACUGCAAAGUUUACUUUUGUAGGUGAAACAGACUGCAAGACUUUGAAAGCAAAGCAAAUGCUGAAUGCUGAAGCGGUGAUCUUAAACUACAUUACUGUUGACGCAAAAUGUGAAACUGAAUUGCCAUUUGUCAAGAAGAGUGUUCUGACUUUAAAUGGUGAAGCUCACAUUGGGGACUUGAAAAUUGCGUUGACAACCUCUCAUGAUGCUGAAUUCACUGGACGUCUGAUUGGAUCCAUGUCCAACUCAUUGGAAUUCACAAUCCAUCCAUUUGAGAUGGUUCUUGACGUUAAGAAUAAAGUAAACUCUAAGAUAUUCUUACCCUUAAAACUCACCGGUAAGGUGGAUCUCCAGCACAAUUAUGAUGUUGUACUUAACUCCGCGAAACAGCAUGCAUCUUGGUUUGCUUUGGCGAGAUUCAAUCAAUACAAGUAUCUUCAUAACCUCACAGCAGAAAACAAUGAAAUGAACAUCAUCUUCCACUCUGCAGCGAAUGGAGAAGCUAACUUGGACUUUUUGACUGUUCCUCUCUCAAUCCCAGAGAUAACCAUACCUUUCUUUGAAGUAAAUAUGCGUGAGGUCAGAGAUUUUUCUCUGUGGGAAAAUGCUGGAUUCAAAUCCUUGCUUACUACUCCUCAGCAGUCGUUUGAUAUGAACUUGGAGUUUCAGUACUACAAAAACCCUGAUGUGCACAGCUUUGAAUUAUACCUUGAACCAGUCUACAGUGCAAUCAGUGACAAUGCAAACAUCAUCCAGGCUCAGUUUAAAGCAUGUAGGGACAAAGUGGUUGCAUUUCUAAAGGAUUCGUACAAUCAAGCAAAGUCACAAUAUAUCAAACAUAAAAUGGACACCUCUAGCUUGCCUCCUCAAAUCUUUAAAGUUCCUGGAUACACAAUACCAAUACUGAAGAUAGAGGUUUCUGCUUUCAGAGUUGAGAUGCCAGCCUUUAGCUACUUCGUUCCUAAGGAAGUCAGUACACCAAGCUUCAAAGUGCCAGCAUUGGGUUUCUCUGUGCCAUCCUACACACUUGUGCUACCAUCUUUGAAGUUACCAGUCAUCCAUGUUCCAGAAUCUUUAAGUGAAAUACAGUUGCCCAUCUUCACGAUACCGGACAUUCAGAACAGCAUUGGGAUCCCAGCUAUGGGUAACAUCACUUGUGACUUCUCAUUUAAAUCCACAUUGUUUGCCUUAAGCGCUAAUGCAGGUCUGUACAAUCAGUCUGACAUAAUUGCUCGGUUUGGUGCAUCCUCGACAUCUGUGUUUGAUAUUUUGAAUGCAAAAAUUGAUGGCACCACCAGUUUAACAAGGAAGAGAGGAAUAAAACUGGCCACAACUGUGUCCCUGGAGCAUGACAAUGUGGAGGCAAGCCAUGAAUGUGCUGUUAGUCUCACCAAACGGAGCAUGGAAGCCUCUGUAGCCAAUAAUGCAAAAAUCAAUAUACCAUUCCUCAGUCUAGAACUGAAUCAGGAACUCACUGGAAAUACAAAGACCAAGCCAAACGUUUCUUCUAAGAAAAAAAUUAUGUAUAUGUUUAACAUUCCUCUUAUUGAGUCAGCAGGGAAAGGAAAUCUGGAAAUGAACUGGGAACUGGAAGCACUUUCUUCUUAUGUGUCAUUGGAGACUUCCACCCAAGGAAGGUCAGAAAUGACAAUAAUGGACAGUUGUAAUUUUGCUGGAGAUGUAGAAAACAAAGCCAGUUUCUACCUUAAUGCCAAUGGGCUACGUUCAACUGUCAGGACUGCCUUAAACUCAAACAUAGACAAACAGGAGAAACUCAAGCGAAGUUCAAACAACAACAUCGUCUUGUUUCACUUAAAUAACAACUGGGCUCUUGAGGUUUCUUUGCGACGUGUGUUUUCGACAGUUGAUUACACAAGCAACAACAGUGUGGACCUUGCGUCUUUCAACACGAAUGGAAAGCACAUCCUUAAAGGAGAACUGGAUUUUGUCCCCUUAACGACCUUUAAGACUACACUGGACAUUGAUGGAAGUCAGUUAAGCAAUCUGGGCGAUGUUGGACUUAUUCAGAGCUUUAACCUUGACAUCAGCUCAGGGAAGCAGUCUUUAAUUUGGAGUGGUAGGGAGCAGUUGACCUCUCUAAUCCAUGCUUGUGAUAUACUCAUGUCCAAUGAUGAAUCUGAAACACGCAUAGAUUUGACUGGAUCGGUGGAAGGUCAUCUAGCAUUCCUGAAGUCAAUUAAGGUUCCUGUAUAUCACAAGACCCUCUGGGAUGUGCUCAAAUUUGAUCAGGUCACAAAUAUGAACAAUUUACAGUUUCUUAACAUCUCUUCCAGCAUCGUAUACACAAAGACCAUGGAGGGAUAUGAUUACACAAUACCAUUUACAUUGCUUGAAAAUGGUGUCACUUUUAAUAUCCCUGAAAUCACUGUUGCAGUGCCUUCUUGGAUAAAAGAAAUUCCACACUCCAUAAGGAAGAUAGAUGUGAGAUUUGAAAACCCAGAUGUCCCAGAUCACAUCACCCUUCCCCCUGCAAUCUCAGUUCCUGGCUUUGAUGUUCCAUUUACCACCAUGCAUGUAGAGCCCUUUAUAAUUGACCCAAAGAACCUUAACGUCCCUAAGGUGAUCUCUACCAAGGCCUUUGAAAUUAUGCUGCCUGGCUAUCCAAUAAUGUCGGUGCCCAGUUACACUAUUAACACAGAGUAUCUUCAGGGCAAAAUGGCAUUCCUUUCAUUCAAGAUACCACAAUAUGAAAUCACAGUCUCUUCUUUCAAAUUGCCAAAAUCACUUACCAUUGGAGAGCAUACCAUCAGCCUAAAUGAAAUCACAAACCAGAUUUCAAACUUUGAACUUCCAACCAUCGUCAUUCCAGAGCAAAAGAUUGAAAUCCCAGCAACUGUCUUAAAUUUACCUAUAAGUGUGUUUAUACCAGCUUUUGGUACCCUCAGUGUCUCCUUGAACAUUUACUCCCCUAUAUAUAAUGUGUCAACAACUGCAAGUGUGGAGAAAAGGGACUCUGACCUUGUGACUUCACUGAAUUCCAUGUGUACUUCUACCAUGACCUUCUUGAGAUAUGAGCUCUCUGCUGGUGCAAAUAUUGGAUACGAUAAUGGCGUAAUCAAUCUACAUGGGAGAGGCAGCUUGAUUCACAAUGAUGUAAAUGUCAACUGGCAACAUGUUUUAGCACAGAACCUCCGAAUGAAGCGCCAAACACUCCCUGCUGAUUCCACGGAGUCUCGUCAUACUCUCAGUGUUGAUGUCAAAAGCCGAACAUUUGUUGACGUGAGCUUCCGCGUUGCUUCCCGCAAAGAUGGCCUCACUGCAUCCAUGUCUACUCCAUCAGCGGGUUUCCUUGGAUUGCAUUUCCAACGGAGGUCUCCUUCGCAGCUCUAUGUAAAACUCUUCAGUCGUUACCUGUCUUCUCCUGAGAAGGACACAGAGGCCUUUGCUGCAAAAGCCACUCUGAGAAACUCAGAGAAACUGAUUGUACAGACUACAUGGGAUUGGGAUUUCCUCCAUGAUGUGAUUGAGGGCACCAAGGACAGAAUUCCUGCUAUGACAGAUGCCGUACUCAAGUUCAUUAACAAGUAUCACACGUACCACUUUGGCUUUGAUCUUAACCAGGGCAGUGUAAAAUUGAAAAACGCACUUUUUAAUUUCAUGGAGAAAACUUAUCAAAAUAUCCCCACAUCCUUGAACACGUUGCGGGAUUUAGUCCAAAAACUUGGUGAUCUAGGAAGACAUGCGUACAUGCAGGUUUAUGACAGCUGGAUGUCCUUGAAUUUGCAGGUGGAACAGCUGGUCCAAAGUGCUGAACAAUACAUAAACCUCUGUGAAAAUAAGGUGAAAGCUUUGCUAAAUGCAGUCGCACAGUUUUUGAGUGAAACAAAGUUUACAGUGCCAGGAUCAGAAAGGAAGGUUUCCAUUCUGCAAAUGUUUCAGAAAUCUUAUCAGUCUGUGUCAAAAGCCAUUAACAAGGUGACCCUAAGGUUUUCCAGCCUCUUGGAGACACUUUUUAUGCACAUCAGGGAUAUCAAGUUCAGCAUUCUUGGAAGUGAUGUUGUUGUUAAUGGAAGUGAGAUUGUGGAUAAAGUGACGUCCACUGUAAGAUCACUAUAUAAUCAGCUUAAAUAUGCCGUUAGCAGGGGCUUCAUUCGGUUUUGCGAGGUAGUCAAGGACAUUUUCCAGGUAUUUGCUGCAAAGGUUGAAACUGUCCUCACCAAUCUAAAAGAUGAAAACAGAGAUAUUACUUCUCAAGUUGAUGCCAUCUAUAAUGAGGCUCUCCAGUCUUCAAAACGGCGUACAGAAACAGCAAAGCGACGCUUAGCUGAGUAUAAAGACCUUAUGAAGAUGAAUAUUGAAGAUGCUUAUAAUGCAUUAAGUAUGGAAAACGUAAACAACAGUACCAAUGAGAUUAUUAGUAUUUUACAGUCACAUCUCUAUGGAGGACUUAAUGAAGGAGUGGAUCUAAUGAGAAGGUCGUCUGAGACUACAGCACCAUACGUCAGAGUAAGCAAUACAAAGAUGGACAUUGAAAUUCCCUUACCAUUCCUUUGGAAGUCUUUCAGUGAAUGGCCGACACAGUUCAGGCAAUGAACCAUGAUGCUCUUGAUAGUGGUUCCAUUAUGGCUGACAUAAUGUGAUGUCAUAUGUCUUAAUGAAAUGUUUUGUAUGAUGCGGGUAAAAAUACAUUCAGAGAUGUUUUAAUUCCAGGAAAUAUACAAGUUAUUCUUUUUUAAAUAUAAUCAUUUAUGCAGUUAUAACCUGGCCUUGUUUCAAGUGUGUUUUUUUUUCUAGUGUCUAAUUAAAUAAUACAGAAUACCAAUUUUCGUGUUUCAUACUGUCUCAUAAUUUCCAUAUUCAAUCAAUAAACCAGCUUUAAAUAUC